AUGCCUGAAAUCGCCGAAGUUGCACGGAUUACUCAUUUCCUACGCCUUCAUCUGGUUGGCAAGACGAUCAAGAAGGCAACGGCCCCAGAAGAUGCCAAUGUUUUCGGCAAAGUUGGUACCAGCGGGCCCGCCUUUGAGAAGGCUGUGACUGGCAAGAAGGUCGUCGGCGCCGGCAGCCAAGGGAAAUAUUUCUGGAUAUUGCUCGACAGUCCUCCUCAUCCGGUUAUGCAUUUCGGGAUGACCGGCUGGAUACACAUCCGCGGCGAGCAGACGGCAUACACCCGGUACUAUGAGAAGUCCAAGGACGACAAGGCCCAGUGGCCGCCCAAGUUUUGGAAAUUCCAACUGGAAACGGACAGCGACCCCAAGGUCGAAGUAGCCUUUACCGACGCACGUCGCUUCGGCCGGGUUAGGCUUGUCGAUUGCCCUGGCGAGGACAUUCGAAAGCAUUCUCCCCUGAAGGAGAAUGGGCCGGACCCUGUCGUCGACAAGGACAUCUUCACCGAGGAUUACCUAAGACAGAAGAUGAAAAACAGACACGUUCCCAUCAAGGCCCUGCUCCUUGAUCAAGCCAUGAUCAGUGGAAUUGGCAACUGGGUUGGAGAUGAGAUCAUGUACCAGGCAAAGCUGCAUCCGGAGCAGUACAGCGACGACUUCAGUGAUCAAGAUGUCGCAAAGCUAUACAAGGCGGCAAGAUAUGUCUGCGACACGGCUGUUGGCGUCCUUGGAGACUCUGAUCAAUUUCCUUCCGACUGGCUGUUUAACCACCGAUGGGGCAAGGGCAAGAAGGACCACCCAACCACCCUCCCCACUGGCGAGAAGAUUGUGUUCAUCACGGUGGGUGGACGGACUAGUUGUGUCGUUCCCAGCGUCCAGAAAAAAACCGGCAAAGCAACUGUUCCCGACACCAAGGAGGAGAUUGAGGCUUUAGAUGAUGAGACGGAGAGCAAGUACUUUGGUAGGAAAGGCAACUCCACCGCCAAAAGCGAAACGAAACCGGCGACCAAGAAGCCAAAUGGAACAAAGCGGAAGGCAAUCAAGGAGGAAGAGGCGGAGAACGAAGCCCCAGUCCUGUCUAACGGAGCCAAAAAGGCUAGGAAGGUCAGUCAAGUGAAGCAGGAAGAUGAUGUGCCAGCCGCGGAGAAGCAGAAGUCAAGAAAGACUAAGGAUGAGGCUGUUGUUCCUCAACCCAUCCCUGAGCUGGGAAGACGGCGGUCUGGAAGACUCAGCGGCAGAGCUUCCUGA